CGUACUGGGCUUACAAAAAAGUAAAUUUGUUUAAUCAUUUCAUAUUUUAUGGCGAUUUGCAUAUAAAAAUUAAAUCGCAAUGGAUAAAAAAGAAAACAUUAUAAAUCAUUGAAGAAAUAAUAGUGUUUAUUUCUGGUACACGCUUGUAAAAGGGAAAUUUUACGUAUGCUAUCUAAGCUAUACCGAGAAGCAGUUUGAAUCCCUAAUGAUGGCGGCCUACCAGCAGCGAGCUGUCUCACACACGGGGAAUCGCCCCGUGAGCGACCAGCCGGGACUCUUUACAUUGAUCAGACAGAGGUCAGACUCUCUUCCCGAAGCCCGCCAUCUGCGACAUAUCCGGCGUGAACUCGACCUAGAUUCUGACCUUGACCGCUGUUCCGGUGAUGAGAACGCUUUCCUGCGGACGGAUGAGGCCAAACAGUGGAAGGCGGACCGGGGACCACACAGGAACCGCCAACACCGGUCACCACCUGAAGCACAGGGCACACAGGGGACAGGGCUGCUGCCAGCCCGCGGGGAAGUUGUGGUAAUAUCCACGGAGCCCAUGGGUUCUCCGACCCCCGUCCGUGAUGUAGGUAGCUCUCAGCCGACCGCCCUAACCCACAUUCCUUGGACAAACUGGAGCUGCUGGGACUACAAGCACGCGCUUGAGAUUACCGGGGAGAACCUCGAAGAUUUGCUGGCCUACGAUGACCUGUUCCUUGACUAUUUCAAUGCCUUCCUUGCCCUACCGGUAUUUCCCCAGGCACUCUACUAUAACCGUUUGACUGGAGCGUUUGAGGAGCUGCCAGGGAGCCGGCCAGGGUCGCGGGAGGACAGCCUUCCAUACGGGGUCACAGAUGAGGAGCGAGAUGCUAUGCUUCAGUGGGCCCGCAAGGAGAGACUUCCCCUCUUCCUUAGUACACAACUGUUUCGAGAGUUUAAGCUAUGUAAGCUGUUAUUACGGCCCUUGGAUGACCGGUACUCAGCAAGUCGUGGGUCCAGCCACAAUAUAAGGGGCUACAGUCGACAGUCGGAGAGCUAUAUAUCUAGUCUCAGUAACAGUGCUGACAACAGUGCAAAUGAUGUGGAUGAUGAGGACUUUAACUAUGAAGGACAUUAUAACGCCACACAACUGUUCAAAUACCAACGACCUGGGAGCCGAGCAAUAAGUGUUCCUGCCCCUUUACAUCUGGGAGAAGUAUACCAUGAUGAGGAGGAGCGGGGCAGCACCACAACUCACACCCACACUACAUCAAAAACUGCCUCAUACAAAUACAGGGCCAAACGGGACCGAGAGGAAGACCCAGACCUACGUCUUGAGCUUCAUGACCCGCCUCCCUAUCCACGCGAGUCCACCGUUACAUUUGACCCAGAAACAGCUGAUCCUGAGAGCAAGUCAUUACACAGUCACAGUCGUCGGUCAUCACGGUUGGCAAGGAGGCAACGUCAGGCCAAUGCCCCACAGUCAGAUGCAGAGGCCGCCUUUCUUAGACAUGCAAGAGUGCUGUCUGCGCCAAUCAACUAUGAUGAUUACAUGCGUCACCCAUACCGGGACUUUGACAUGAUGUUCGGUGAGGACGAGCCAGAGCCUGAUGGAAAUGUUUAUGUGGCAUUUGACGACGAGGGUGCGAGUGAGGCUCAGACAGAGACAGACGUGAAGAACCUGGAGGGACGUCUCAAGAUGACCUUCCAGCAGCUCAAGGAACACACACUCGGACAGUUCCAGGGAAUGGAAGAUUUCAAGGUGUUCCUGUCUGGGACAGCGGGCAAGCAGCUGGUCAACUUCUGGCUUGACUGUGAGUAUUUCAAGGACAGCAUGGAGAAGUUUGACGCUGUUGCCAUCGUGGAGGAGAGGAACAGGCUCUUCAGAGAUAUUCAGGACAAGUUCAAGAUCCACUUGACAAAAGAUGCCAAAGAGCAGAUCAGCAAGGCCGCUAGUAACGCGAACCUGAGUCACUCGAUAUUUAUACGCACCCAGUAUGACGUGCUGCGGAGAUUAAGGGCGUACUGGGUUUCCCGGUAUCUUCAUCACAUGGAACGUGAGAAGAGAAUCAGUGAGAGUGCGCCACUGUCGAACAGGUGGAUUGUGGGUGAUGCCUCGUUGAAGGACACAUACUCAUUCUUUCCGUCCAUCAACCUUGUCAGCUCCAUGCCAGUACGACCCGACGAUGUGCUCACAUACACACGCACCAAGAACUGGGAGUCAGUUAGCAAGGGGGGGCGCAGACUUGAUGACCGGGUCACCUCCGCCAAAUAUCGGGCAGCCCCAGUGCCGGCAGCAUACAGUGGAAUUCUAGGGUUUGCGACCAUGCCUAAACCCCGACCCCUCAGGGCGAUAAAGGAGAGGUUUGUAGUUGCCUUGGCAGCUGACAAGAUGGCAGGUGGGCCCUUUGAGAGGUUCCUCGAGGAACAGCCCGACAUGUCGCUGUUGUCAAAACUGUUGUUCUGGCAGGAUGUGACAGAGUACCUGGCCGCGGAGGACCGUUCUGCGGAUCGCAUGCUUCGGAUGUGCAAUGCAUGGUCAAUUUUCAAUAGAUACAUAGCAGAUGACAGCGACUUCAAUAUACUGAUGUCAGUGAGUGACCGCAACACGAUCCACAAUGCUCUCAUGGCUGCUAAUGACCAUGUGGACUCCGUGGUGUUCCAUACUGCCAAGCAACAUGCUGUUGAGCACUUGGAGGAAGCCUGGAUAAGAUUUCUCAAAGAAGACCUUAAAAUAUUCCUUGAUUCACGGACACAGCCUGAAGGUCUCAGUCCCCCGGGAACAGCUGCCAUAGAAAUCGUUCUUACCAACAAUGAGGUUAUCAUCACCCGACCUCGGCCUUGGCAGAAAACGUUUGGUACGACGGAGUCCCAACGACGAUGUAAGGGCGGACUGUCACUGGAGGACAUGGAUGAGGAUCAACGGGCAAUCGUCCGUGCUCAGCGACGUGAGGCACGCAAAGAGAUGGAGCGUGAACGCAGGAAGGCCAUUCGCGCUGCGUACAAAAGGCUCCGGGAUUCCAAGAAAAAACCUGGAGAUUUAGUUAGGUCAGCAGGCACAUCAAACAAGGAGAAAGGUUCCCCCACAGAAGAGCCUAAAGAGGAAAAAAAGGAUGAUGAGAUGGACUAUGAGGAGAGUGGGGAGAAAAAGUCGGCCAGACCCCCACCACCCUUCAAUGAGGUCAUCGCAAACAAGGCGAUCAUGUCAAACUUCAAAAAGCACCUGAUAGAGUCAGAGGAGAAGGAUGUUCUCAGUAGCGUGCAACUCUUUUCUGACAUAGAGACCUUCCUCUCAUACGGCACAAACAAGAAGGAAGCCCAGCGGCGUGAACAACAUGCCAACGUCAUACAGAAGACUUACUUAGAUGCCAAUGGCAAGAAGAAGGUUGAAUUACCUGACAAGAUACGGCACAAACUGCAUGAAAAAGAAAGGCCGAAAACGGCCGUCAUGAAGGAGAUACAACACACUCUGCACGGGAAGAUCGACGAACACUUCAAAUCCUACCUCAUGAAUAAGGCUGAGGAACAGGGGAUGGAGCCUGGUGAACUUGUGAAGCUCUCACAGGCUGAGCUCUCUAUGAGGCUGGGAACCGAUGCCUCCAUGGGCAACUGGAAAAAAUCCAAGGGCAAAGGAAAGGAUGGUGAUAUGGACAGAGAGAACACGCACCCUUCUGUCAGAAUCACAAUAAGUAAACUUGAAAAAAAGUCCCGCCGUGUGCAUUUUGCACGCGAGGGUACUGAAACCUCUGGCUAUACCGAAUCUACAGAUUACACGUACUUGUCGUCACAGGACGAUAGCAGUACAACGACCCCACGGGGUCAGACUGGCAGCUCCCAGAUGAUUGCGCGCCCCAAACGGGCACGCUUUAACACAAAGACUGGCCGAGCGCAGCCCCACAAGGAUGAUCGUGAGGAGUUUUAUCGUGCCCUGAAGGCCUGUGCGUCGGGCACCAUGUCCAUGCAGAUGCUUUACUUCUACAAGUAUCUUGUGAAACACAAUGAGGAGGACAACAUGCCACUCAUCGACAAGGACCUCUUCUUCUAUAUUGAGAUACAGAAGUUCAAGGAGUGCAGUCACCAGUUUUCCGAUGAGGAGCUCCUGAAACGGAAAGUUCAGUCCAUCAUUGAGUGCUUCCUCGAGUCCUACACAUCACCCACACUCCAGGUUGACAUCAACAACGAGCUUCACCAGAAGACCUUGCGAGCGGCCCAGCGUUACGUGCAGAGCAAGGAUGUGUUCUCAAACAUAUUUGACGAGGCCCAGCUGGCAGUGUUUAAGGAGCUGCUGCCUUACUGGGCUGGUUUCCGCAAAUCUUUCUCUCCGCCUGAAGACAACAGCAAGAAACCAGUAACAAAGUACCAGAAAAUGUUGAAGAAGCGCCUGGAGCAGAUUGAGAAUUACGUGAUUCCCCCAAGCGAGUUUCGACUCCCCCAGAUACCGGAGGGCGCCAUCGCAGCGUUUACAUUCUCACUGUCUGACGGAGUCAAAUUGCGGUAUUCAGAACGAGAUGACUUUAGUGAGAUUGGAGAGGAGUUGACGGCAGGGGAAGAACAUCAGAUGCUUCACCACCCAGACGGUAGCGCACGCAGUAGCAAGCUUGAGAUGUCGGCUACCACCGAGAAGGUUCGCAGUCGCCAGGCACUCAACACGAUUGGCGUCUCAACACUCACAGCCAGUAGUGCCAGCGCAGCUUCCUCAAAGAAAGACAACUCUGCUUCAGUUUCUGCAAAGUCCUAACCUCAUUCAGAGAUAUUACAGUGAUUGUAUUUAAAAUAUUGUAGCUUGUUUUAAUUAUGCAUGGUCCUUUUUCUGUGCGUUUUUGGUUUAAGCCAGUUUCAGAAAGAUAAAAAAAAUUGAUUCCAUUAUUCAAUCAUUGGCAAAGAUGUUUAAAUAAAUAUUUUGCUAGAUUUUUUAAUUUGCAACCGAAUUAUUUGCAGAAUAAAACAAUCUACAGUAUAACCUCUCCGCCUCACGCUGCCCAGUUGUUUAUGCUUGAUCAUUAAUGUUGUUUGUUAGAUGUUUAUGUAUAUACACAGUAUUUUUCAUACUUCUGUUUAUACUUCAAACUGCUCUUUAUUUUGUUGCUCAAAAAUUUACUAUUUUUGAAGACUUUAAAAUCUCACAAAGAUGGCUGACCCUGCUUACAUGGUCAUUCUGCGAUGUUGAACGAGUGUUGUUCCAUAGCACAGCUUUUAAGGUAUAAAAAGCAAUUUAUUUCACAGCUGUAAUUAAACUCAAAACAUUUAAAUGUUGUUUUAUGCUGAACUCAAUUUGUACAAAAUAACAUCAGAGUCGACAAUUGUUGAAAUUGUUAGCAUUCCUUUAUUAUAUUCUAUGAAUAAAAUAUUCUCAGAAUGUAAUAUCUGUGAUAAAUAGUUCAAGAUUCCACUGGGAAAUUAGUGAUGGGAUAUUUUUAAAUAAAUCUUUGAUAUUGUUUUUUUAAACUGGUCAGCCAAAUGACUGACCUAAUACUAUUUUUAUAUUCACUCUAAAUCAUUUGUUACAAACAUUUAAAGUUUGAAAAAUUAAAAUACCAAAAAAAAUGAUAUUAUAAUGAAAAUAUAAAACCCUAUAUUGUUUAGAGGGUGCAAAGAUAUUAAAUGCUAUUGUUAUAUAUUGAAUCAUUUACAUUGAAUUUGUUGUUGACUUUAAUAUAGACUGAAAUGCCCUGUGCAUAUGAAGAUAAACUGUUUUACAUGGAUUGUGGUGUAUUUGUGUGUCUGUGAUAUCAAUUCAAAUUGUGGUUUUAAAUAUUCCUAAAUGCCAAUGUGCAAUAUGCACGCACAUCUUUUGUUUUAAACUCAACUUUAUUUAUAGUAUUUAAUAAAUUAAAUU